UUCCUGAUCUCCUCAGAACAACGGUUGAGUGAGUCACACACUGUCCAUAAAAGAAGAAACUGCUUUUCCUUUCGGGUUUUAUGCACCGUCCAGAGGACAGAUGAGAACAUGUGAUGAUUUUAUUUUGAUGUGCAAGUUUCAACAUCCUCAUUAUAACCAGAAAUGAUGUCAGGCCUUUACUGAGUGAUGCCAAUUUCAGAUUUUUUAUGCCUAACGUUGGUGGUCUGAGUAUUUUUAUUGGUUGUAGUUUUGAAUCCAACAGAAAAAGAAGAUAUUUAUUUAAAUGUAUGUCCUGAAUGACUGUUUAAUUACAGUGAAAAAGUGGUUAUAAAACUAACACCACAUGUGUUUAAUAAGCAUAUCUACAACUAAAAGACCCAGAUUAGCUCAUAACAGGAAGUGCUAAUUCAUGCCGCUCUACUGCUAUUUGUGUCUCUGGGUUCAGUGAGUUUGUGUUUCUGUUACUAUUUAUAGAAAAGGUUUAGGUUGAUGCUUCAUAUCCAGGUUUAACGGCUAUUUUAGGCCUGGGUUGGUUUUUAUAUUCAAAAAUAUACAAGAUUAUUUUCCAUCAACGAAGAAUCUUUUAUAGAAUGUUAUUUUUUUAAUUCAAAGAAUUACUUUUAAACAAAAGUCGUUAAUAAUUCUGAAUAUUUUUGCGCUGACCUUUAUCUUUAUAGAGUUAAUGAAGCACAGACUGUCUAACUGUUGCUGCACACUUCUGGACAGAAACCACAGCCAUGUCCUGGGAUGUUCCCAUUUCUCCGCUCACUGUGGUUACCAUGGUAAUAUGAGGCUAGUCUGAAAGCGACACACGCUCUCUGCCUCGCACGCAAACCCACAGUCAGGCGUUGACUGUUGCAGGCGGAGCGCCGGCCGGCCGGCCGUGUGAUGGACAGGUGUAAACACGUGGGGCGGCUGCGCCUGGCCCCAGACCACUCCAUCCUCAACCCCCAGAAGUGGCACUGCGUGGACUGCAACACCACCGAGUCCGUUUGGGCCUGCCUGGGCUGCGCGCAUGUGGCGUGCGGCCGCUACAUCGAGGAACAUGCUCUCCAGCAUUUCCAGCAGCAGCGCCACCCACUGGCGAUGGAGGUUAACGAGCUGUAUGUGUUUUGCUACUUGUGCGACGACUAUGUGCUGAACGAUAACGCUACUGGGGAUCUGAAGCUACUGCGCAGCACCCUCAGCGCCAUCCAGAGCCAGCGCUAUGAGGUCACAACGCGCAGCGGGCGGACCCUGCGCUCGGCCAGCUUCGGAUCGGACGCCCUCAUACCUUGCGGUGCCAGUGAGUUGCAGCUGAGAGACGAGGACCGAAUGUUUACUGCCCUGUGGCACCGCCGCCGGGCCCUCAUCGGACGCAUUUUCCGCCUAUGGUUUGGUUUAACCGACUGUGGGAAGAGGAGAGAGGAAGAGGAGAGGAGGAGGGAGGAAGAGGAAGAGCAGAAACGGGAGGCCAGGGAGAGGCGGCGCGCUCUGAAGCGCCAGCUACAGGACGUACUGGAAAGCGCUCCGAUCAGAAAGAGCCGACGUUUGCGUCGGAAGAGCCAGAGAGUCGUGGAUGCGACAAUCGCACCGACUGUUCAGAAAGAUCGCAAGAAGAGAAAAAGUCAAACGGCCUCGUCUCGAUCUCGCAGGUCACGGACUCAAAGUCCUUCCGCUGCAGUGCCUAAGAAAGCCGGUCAGACAAAAAAGUCCCCUCCUUGUUCCAAAUCCCAGAGACGUUCCUCUAACCCCAAAUCUAAGCCCAGAACUACGCCGUCCUCGUCCCGUGGCGCCCAGACGCCGGUCCGCCGCCGGCAGAGCAGCAAGCAGGAAGGUUCGCCUUUCAAACGGCGUCCCACUGUCACUCCCGGCGUGACGGGUCUGAGGAAUCUGGGGAACACCUGCUACAUGAAUUCCAUCCUGCAGGUUUUAAGCCAUCUGCACGUUUUCAGGGAGUGCUUUCUCCGCCUGGACCUGACCCAGGCGCUGGAGCUGCUGGCGUCUGCCGUCCACGGCCAGCUGACGGUGAAAACAACAACGCAGUUCCCCCCGUCUCAGAGAAAGGGGCUCCAGUUGACAUCGGGGCUGAGUGGCGGGGCGUCGCGCGGCCGCAACAUGGAGCUGAUCCAACCCAAAGAGCCCAGCUCCAAGCACAUCUCCCUCUGCCACGAGCUGCACACCCUGUUCCAGGUCAUGUGGUCCGGCAAGUGGGCGCUGGUCUCGCCUUUUGCCAUGCUGCACUCGGUGUGGCAGCUGAUCCCCGCGUUCAGGGGCUACGCCCAGCAGGACGCGCAGGAGUUCCUGUGCGAACUGCUGGACAAGGUGCAGCAGGAGCUGGAGAGCACCGGGAAGCACACCAACACGGCCGGAGUCCCUCAGAAACGCCUCAUCAAGCAGGUUCUGAGCGUCGUCAACACCAUCUUCCACGGCCAGCUUCUCAGCCAGGUGACCUGCCUGGCCUGCAGCCAUCGCUCCAACACUGUGGAGCCUUUCUGGGAUUUGUCUCUGGAGUUCCCUGAGCGUUACCAUAGCAACAGCAGGGAGUCCGCCGCGCAGGCUCCGUGCCACCUGACCGAGAUGCUGGCCAAGUUUACAGAAACAGAAGCACUGGAGGGAAACAUUUACGCUUGCGACCAGUGCAACGCCCGACGACGCACAUGCUCCAAAACAGUCAUCUUGACCGAAGCAAAGAAACAGCUGAUGGUCUUUAAACUGCCUCAGGUCCUCAGGCUCCACCUCAAACGCUUCAGGUGGUCCGGGCGGAACCAUCGGGAGAAGAUCGGAGUCCACGUCCGCUUCGACCAGCUCCUCAACAUGGAGCCCUACUGCAGCCCCAGCGCCGCCGGGUCUCCGCGCCCCAAGCACUUCCUCUACGAGCUCUCUGCUGUCGUGAUGCAUCAUGGGAAGGGAUUUGGGUCAGGCCACUACACUGCCUACUGCUACAACACAGAAGGAGGCUUCUGGGUUCACUGUAAUGACUCUAAGCUGAAUGUGUGCUCAGUGGACGAGGUUUGUCGGGCUCAGGCCUACAUCCUCUUCUACACGCAGCGAGUAACUCAGGACAAAGACCGGCCACUAUAGAAUCAGGACCUCUCUCCUGAACUUUGACCUCCACUGUAUCCCGGCCCAACCUGUCGCUCCUUCUCCAGUAUUUUUUCUAAAACCUGGGAUCAUGGGACUUUUUUUUGUGUCUAUUUUUCUAAGUUAGGAAAAAUAAGAGGAAGGACUCCUUUUGUAAAAACCCGGUUCUGCUUUGUGAACUUGUUGUAAAUGGUGUUUAUAUAUAUGUAGGUAUUUUAAAAGAAAAUGCUGAUGUGAUUUAUGUAAAUUUGUAUUUUAUUAAGAAGAGAGUAUCAGCCAAGGUUUGUCUCCUGCAAGGAGCGUUCUCACCUGCCCUACUUGUUGAUUGUAAAUGUUUAUCAGCUGAAAUGUUUCUCAGUCACUUUAGAUUGUUGAAGUGGAUGUAGGUUAACUUGUCAGUCACUCAAGAUGGCAUUGGGCUCAUUUUCCUGCCAGAAAUGCACUAGUUUAUACAGUUUUUGUUUCAUUUUGUACACAAAUGACGGUUGUUUCAAAAUAAAAACAUCCAGGACAGGAAGUUUGGGUUAGAAUAAAUAUUCAACAUGGUGGAAACUUUGCCCGUAGUCCUGCGCUGCCACCUUUCUGCUCCAGAAUGUAACUGCUUUAAGAGAAACACCCCCAACCAGACAAUAAUAGAAAAAGUGCCCUUUUGUCUCAAAGUAUGUUUAUUGUUCUUAUCAAUUCAGCAGCACUGCGAUCCAUAAAAAACAGCAUUUAGUCUAUGAAUGUAUUUUUAUACAAACUUCAGAGGUUUUACAAACUUGACCAUCAAAUGUUAAAUUUUUAUACGACCUGUUGUUCAACACCAGCAUCAGUUUUAUGAGGAUUUUACUGUAUGAAUCUGUUCAUUGGAGAAGAAUCACAGCACACCUGGUUUUCCUUUCACUGUUGAAUGGUUGGUUUUUGGUGUUUUGGUUACUACUUCAUGGUGUGUUUGUGCUUCACGGUGUGUUUGUGCUUCACAGUGUGUUUGUGCUUCACAGUGUGUUUGUGCGUGUGUGUAAAUUUUAUGAAAGUUAUGCUAUGCAAAUUGUUACCUCAAUUUUUAUUUCUAGAAAAAAUUACCUCAAUAAAUGAGAUUAUUUUUUCACUUUUCUACAAAGUUGGGAGUUUUUGUCUUUUUUUAAAUAUGGUAGCGGACAACUUUAAACAAAGUCAAUAUUUGACUGUCACCUUAUAAAAUAAGUUUAUCAACAAGUCCAAUUUAAGAAAUAUUCAGGUCUUCCUAAUUCCACCUUGAAUAAAAGUUUAGGAAAAAACUGCAAAUGCAGGACCUGGUUGGGAGAUCCUGCAAGCAAACUGACUUUUUUUUUCUUAUUUUUUUAAUACUGAAUGUUUUUCUUUCCACAUAAUUUUAUUAUGAAUAUUUACAUAAUUUUUUACUA